AUGGCAAAAGACCCAGAAGCAGAACCUGCAUGGAUGACUGAGCCAGAAAUAUUCGAGCUCUAUAAGAAGUCAAUCCCUUUUAUCGACGUAACUGAUCACUGGAACACGUUGGGUGAUGGGGUUACCGCAUUCGCAUCUGGCAAGUUGCAACCGUCGUAUAUACCAACGAAACCGGCACAAGAAGAACUAGUCCGUUCUCUAAACUCCAAGAUCGAUCCUGCUGCCAUGAAGAGCUUCCUUACCGCCUUUAGUGGCUUCCAGACCAGAUACUUUAGAUCUAAUGCUGGAACUCUAUCACAGGCAUGGCUGACCGAACAAGUAAAGAUCUAUGCAGAGAAGGCCAGUGACAAGGUCAACGUAACUGUGAGGGAGUUUGCUCAUACGUGGAACCAAGCUAGUAUUAUUGUACGAUUGGAGAAGGCUGGCGUUGCCGAUGAAGAGGCCAAGAAGGGUGAAAUCGUAAUCGUCUCUGCCCACCAGGACUCUGUAAAUCAAUGGAACCCCUACUUUGGACGAUCACCAGGCGCAGAUGACGACGGCAGUGGAACCACCACCAUAUUCGAAGCAUACAGAAUCCUCAUCGACGAGGGAUUCGUCCCAGUCAAACCUAUCGAAUUCCACUUUUACUCGGCAGAAGAAGGUGGACUACUUGGUUCGCAGGAUGUCGUUGCAAACUACAAGAAGGCUGGAGUCCCAGUUGUAGGAGUGUAUCAUGCUGAUAUGACUGGUUAUCCAGCAAAGAAACCUUCAAUUGGUCUGAGUACCGAUUUUGUUGAUCCAAGUUUGAUGGCGUUUUUGAAGGUUUUGGUAGAGACUUAUUGUGACGAACCCACCGUCUUUACUAAAUGCGGCUAUGCUUGCUCAGAUCACGCUACUUGGACAAAGGCUGGAUAUCGAUCAUCAUUCACAUUUGAAGGAGCAUUUGACGACCACUCGCCUUACAUUCACACAACUGGAGACAGUGUGGAGACACUAUCAUUCACGCAUAUGGCCCAAUUCGUGAGAGUGGCGAUAUCAUUCGCUGUUGAGCUCAGCUCAGCUUAA